AUGAUCAAGCUAAUCUAUCUGCUGCUGCUGCUGCCGCUGGCGUCAUCGCUGAAUGUGCAGGCCAAGGUUCCGUCGACGGAAGAACGCAAAGCAAUCAUCGAGUGCCACACGAAACUGCGAGAAAACGUCCAGCCACCUGCCACCAACAUGCGACUUAUGGUAUGCUCAUCAUUAUUAUUGCUCUCAUCUUGCACUGCCGUAUGCUUAAUUUGCUUCACCUCGAACUCAACCGAUAUGGUGUGGGCGACAUCGACGGAAGUUGGAUGCAUUGAGGCGACAUGCAACACGAAGAAAGGUCUUGGAAAAUCCACACAUCUGCUGCUCUGCAUGUACAAACCCAGUGACCUUAACUACGAUGACAACCCCUACGAACCUGGACCCAGUUGCAGUAAGUGCCCAGAUGGUUACGGGUGCCACAGAAACCAAUGCAGCAGCGAUCCAAUUCUUGGCCAGUCGACCACCUCCAUUUCCACGAUCCUAUCGCCCAUCUUCAUUCUACAGUCUGCCAUCUUCCUUACUUCCUGUUUGAUCUAA